CAAUUUGAGCAGCGCUGACGUUAAUGGAUCAAGAGCCGGCCUAUAAAUGAGAGCACGAAAUUGAAACCGAAACCGAAACUGAAAGCUAAGGCGAAAACUAAGACGAUGCCGAAGCCUGCAAGACAACAACAACAACAGCAGCAGUGACGCAUGCGCGAGGCUGUUACACGAACGAAGCAUGCGCGAAGAACAAUAACAACAACAACAAUGCUGUUACGUGAUGUUCAAUGAGUGCGCGCUCCACCCAAAACCAGAGCUGUGGCUGAGACGAAGUCGCAGCGACGCUGCCUGCGCGUGUUGCAUGCACUCGGUUUAUUUUUUCACUCUCCAUUUCAGUCGCCGCGCAGACGCGAACUGGGAAUGGUUGUUUAACGGCAAAAUGUGCGCAGUAAAACAACAUUGAUUAAGAAAUUCCAAAUCAAAAAACACUAAAGCCAAAAUUUUGUUAACAUUCGCUAAAUGCUGUGCCGCUGAUCAUGUUUUGGCCAAAAAGACAACAAGAAACGCUAUUUGUUGGCCUGUGGCUGGCGCUGCUUCUUGGCCUGCUUCAACCUCAAAAUGUGAAUGGAUUAAUUGUGCCCGAGCAGCUGACGUCAUUCCUGUCGCUGGUCUAUUCCAAUAUACCGCCCAUCAAGAAGGGUACCGAUUCGCGACUUGGUUUCGGUUUUCGACUGGGCGAUCAUGCUGAUUUUCAGGUGCUGCUCGAGCUGGGACCCCAGAAGGACACUCAACCGUUGGGUGAUCCCAACAAGGAAGAUCAAUCCUUCAAUAAGCGGCAGGUGAGCGCAAUUGAUCAGCGUGCUCAGCUGCGACGCCAGCAGCAGCUGCAGCAGCAGCAGUCACUGUUGACCAGCACCGAACGCAAUGCGGCCAGCUGGCUGGAAAGCUGGUCGAAUGGAAUGAAACCGCUGGAGGCGAAACCUAAAACGAAGCUGAGUAGCAAACAGAGAGCGAAAUUGGCGUUGCCUGUGCAGAAACAGAUGCCAACGGAUGCAGUGCAGCAGCUGCAAUUGCUCUACAAAAUGGCCGCAACAACAACAACUACGACAACAACAACUCCAACUCCAACAACGAUCAAGGUUGAUUUUCUGAAAUUGCCACCGCCUGCACUCGAACAGAAUACAAAUGCCUUGGGUUUGAGCAGAUCGACAAAGAAAAGCCAAGCUGAAUUAACCGAGGAAUUGAUGAAUGUCAGUUUAGAGGCUUAAGUGGUGCAUUUGUAUUGUAUUGUGUAUAUAUUGUGGUAAGAGUAUUUGUAAA